AUGAUGGAACACAACAUCAUCAGCAACACCAACUACGUGAUCGCACCGUUUGUCAUAAAAACCUACAACAUGGUUAACGAUCCCACCACUGAUAAACUCAUCACGUGGGGCCCAGCCAACAACAGUUUCAUCGUCCUCGACCCCCUCGACUUCUCCCACUCCCUCCUCCCUGCUUUCUUCAAGCACAACAACUUCUCCAGCUUCGUUCGCCAACUCAACACCUAUGGUUUCAGAAAGGUGGAUCCGGAUCGGUGGGAAUUCGCGAACGAGUGGUUCCUGCGGGGGCAGAAGCAUUUGUUGAGGAACAUCGUGCGGCGGAAACACGGCGGAGGAAGGAACAACAAUUUGCAGUCGCAUUUGCAUCCCCUGAAGUUGGACGAGUUGGACGACGAGGUCAUGUUGAUGGAGAUAGCGAGGUUGAAGGAGGAGCAGAAAGCGUUGGAUGAAGAGCUUAGAGGAAUGAACAAGAGGUUAGAGACAACGGAAAAACGACCGCAGCAAAUGAUGGCCUUCCUGUCAAAGGUUGUCGAGGACCCGCAGGUUCUCUCUCGGAUUCUCCGAGAAAGAGAAAAAAAACACCUCGGCGAGAAAAAGCGACGCCUCAUUCCGCCGCCUCCGACGGCGGCGACCUCCUCCUCCUCCUCUUCCGGCAUCAAGACCGAGUUCGAUGAAGACGAAGGUAACAAUAUCAUGUCUUCAUCACCGGAGACGGGUUUGGAAAUCGAUAAUAAUAAUAAUAUUAUUAUUUGUUCGCCGGCGACGGCGGGUUGUUGGGGGGAACAGGGAUGUUACGGGUAUAAUUGCGGCUGCGUACCUGCUCCGUUGACUUUGGUAAGUCCGGCGGCGCCGGCGAUGGGAGGAGGGUAUUUGGGGCGUGGGGGUUUCUUUGGGGAAAUGACGGCGGAGGGGAGUGCUCCGCCGCCUUAUCCGUUUUCGCUCUUGGAAGGUGGGUUUUAG